GAUUACUGUUAGUCUGUGGUUGUAUGUUGUAUGAGCUCUUGAGAAACUGUAAAUAUUGAAGAUAGUUCAUAAUUAUGGAAUAAUGUGAUAUCAUUUAAAAUAAUUCUGGAAUAAGUUCGCAAUAUAUUAGUUCAUUUACUGGAUGUUACUAUUUAAAUAGUUCCUUCAAGAUGACUCAGUAUUUGCCACCAAAUUUAUUAGCAUUAUUUGCUCCACGUGAUCCUAUUCCGUAUAUUCCUCCUGCAGCAAAAUUGCCGCAUGAGAAGAAAAAUAGGGGAUACUUAGGAGUUGGACGAUUUCUUGAUUUGUUUGAGGAUCCUAAAGACACCCCUCCACCAACUAGAGUUGAAACAAGAGAAGAGAGAUUAGAGAGAAGAAGGCGUGAAAGAGCUGAACAAGUUGCAUACAAACUUGAACAAGAAAUUGCUGUCUGGGAUCCAAAUGGUGUCCCGAAUGCAACAGCGGAUCCCUUCAAAACCCUUUUCAUAGCGAGAAUUAAUUAUGACACCUCUGAAUCAAAACUACGAAGAGAGUUUGAAGUUUAUGGACCCAUUAAAAAAAUAUUCCUGAUUCAUAACAGUGUAAAUGGUAAACCUAGAGGGUAUGCUUUUAUCGAAUAUGAACAUGAGCGUGAUAUGCAUUCUGCUUAUAAGCAUGCGGAUGGUAAGAAAAUUGAUGGUCGUAGGGUUUUAGUGGAUGUAGAAAGGGCCAGGACAGUCAAAGGAUGGUUACCAAGGAGAUUAGGUGGAGGUCUCGGUGGUACUAGACGUGGGGGUCCAGAUGUUAAUAUUAAACAUUCUGGUCGUGAAGAUAACGAACGGGAAAGAGAAAGGUAUAGACUUGAAAGGGAAAGGGAAGAAAGAGGAGUACGGGAUCGAGAUCGGGAAAGAGUUGCUUCAUUUGAUAGAAGAAGAUCUCGUUCCAGAGAAAGAAGGAGAAGGAGUAGAUCCCGUUCACCUAGAAGGGAAAAGAAGAGACGUAGUAAAGAUAGAAUCAGAGAAGAUGUUGAUGAAACUUUCGAUAGACCUAGGGAAAAAGAAAGAGAUAGAGAUCGUGACCGUGAAAGGAAAAGAAGGAGGUCUAAGUCAAGGGAUAAAGACCGUGAUAGAAAACGUGAGAGGAGGGAGAAACGCGACAGGGAUAGAGGAGAAAGGUUAGAAUAUAUCAAAACUGACGAUGGUGGAGAAAUCAAGGUCAAGGAAGAACCUAUUGAUGAUUAUCCUGAGUAUCCAACAUUUGACCAGCAAGUUCAAGUUAAAUAUGAAGAAGAUGAAGAGAAAUAUCAUCCAGACAAUACUAACGGAAGUCGUCAAUAUGAUGAUGAAUAUGAGGAAGGUGAAGCAUAUUAGUAAUUUAUUUAAGGUUUUAUUAAAUAGAUCUAAGAAAAUUACUUUGUUUGAACAGAAACAUUGAAUUAUCAAUUUAUUAUCAGUUAUAAAAUCAUUUUUAUGAUUUCUGAUUGAUGUGAAUUGAUCAGUUCUUUAUUGUAUUUUGCUGUAAGAAAUUGCAUUGCUGAAUUUUCUUCAGAAUGAAUUUGAUUUUUGUGUAUCUUUGAAUAAGUAAUUGACAAAUAGAGAAACAACAUUUCCAUAUAUGCAACGUAGGUAUAAUUAUAUUAGUCACGAAUUUAUCAAAUAAAUAUAUUAAUAAACCA